AGUUCACCUUAUCCAGAGAGCAUUGAACCCAGCCAACGUUGGAUCUGGACCAAACUUAAGUGCUAUUACCUAACAUCCAAAAACAAACAAUGCCUUCUUCUAAUAACUCAGGUCCCCGUGCUAGUCCUUAAUAAUGAUGUUAAACAGCACAGUAACAGAAAUAUACACUGGAGAGAAUGAACUUCUCCUUCUGCGAUAUUGAGUUCUUGCAACCGAGUUUCCUGCCACACUGAGCAGGAAUGAAUCAGCAAAUCCAUCGAAUGAAAGGCCUGCUUCUGGCGAGGAGGCGCUUCUGAGGAGAUCCCCGCCUGCGAUCCUUCCAAGGCGAGGGCGAGGAGGGCACAGGCAGGGGCCCUUCUCCUCCUCCGAGCCUCGCGGGGACCAACGGCUCAGCUGCGGCGAAAAUGGUGGAGGUGAACCGGGCCUUCCUGCGCUCCGUGAGGGGCGGCCUCAAGAUGGCGCGCAUGGCCUUAGCUUUUAUGGCAACGGUUACUUUUGGUGUUGGUCAAUCUCAUGAAGCAUAUCUAACACUUGGAAUCAUUGAACUUGUCAUCACCUUCUUGUUCUUUUUAUUGUAUCUGCUGCAUCUGCAAAGAGCACUGUCAUUCUUAUUUUGGCCCUUGGCUGAUGCUUUCAACUCCCUGGUAGCAGCGCUGUUUCUCUUCAUUGCAGGCCUGUGUGGAACAGUUAAAAAAAACAUUCCUGAAGAUUUAAUUGGAGGAGUGUUUUUCCUCAUCCUCUGUGCUCUCUGUAUAGCCGAUGCUGUUUUUCUCUUGAAGAAUAUUACUUUUAAUAGACCCCCAACAAGUAGGGAUAUUAUUCACAGAUAGAAGAAACAACCCACCAUUUAAUUUAUAAUCCAUUUAGUACACCUCUUGAACUAUAAGGCCGCUUCUGUCAUAUUUUCUGCAUAUAUUUCAAAAGGAUAGGAGCAUAAUUUGGCCAGUCAAACACGUCUGUUUAUUCCAGAAGCAGAAAAUGAAGCAUGUGUUUCUCUUUCCCAGCAAAAAUCAAUGUGGUGUAAAAAUGCAUUAACUUCAGGUGGAUUUUCCCCUUAUUUUUUUAAAAAUGUAAGGAUUUUAAUCUAAUGUAUUCAACUGUUUAAACAAUCUUUAAAUGAAACAUUCCGUAUGUGUUUUUAUAAAACAGUUCUAAAUGCUACAUUUCAACUGAUUUGCAGAUGUUCUUAAGUUUGUGAACUUUAUGGUUUGUGUUAAUUAGUAUUGUUUUAAUUAAAAAGCUUUUUUCUAAGUAA